AUGGCGGUCGCAUCGAUACAGGAUCGAACCUCCGAGUUCCAGUCGGUCCUCGCCCAAGCCCAACGUCGCCAGGCCGCCAACAAAGUCGGCGCUCAACGACGAUCCCUUUUGACCGACUCCCAGAAGGCUGCCGCCGACGGCGACUCCAGGCCGAGACGAUCCGAGUUUGCGCGCCAGGCCGCACAGAUUGGGAGGGGCAUCUCGGCCACCAUGGGCAAGCUGGAGAAGCUGGCGACGUUGGCCAGGCGCAGAACUCUCUUCGAUGACAGGCCGGUCGAAAUCAACGAGCUCACCUACAUCAUUAAGCAGGACUUGAGCUCCCUCAACCAGCAGAUUGGCAACCUGCAAGUCCUGACCCGGCAACAACAUCCCAAGGCUGAUCAAGAGGGAGAGCACAACAAGAACGUCGUCUUCAUGCUCCAGGGCAAGCUGACGGACGUGUCGGCUAACUUCAAGGACGUGCUGGAGGAGAGGACCAAGAACAUCCAGGCCUCCAGGUCAAGAACGGACAACUUCAUUUCCAGCGUCUCACAACAUGCGCAACCGCCUCUGCAGCAGUCGGCGUCGCCACUUUACGGCACGCCGCACCGGGGAACACCGUCUCCCGGAGCCGAUCUUCUCUCGCUGAAUCCUCCCGGCGACCAGCAACUUCUGCUCAUGGAAGAGGCGCAGCCGCAAAACACGUAUAUCCAGGAGAGAGGUGCGGCGAUCGAGAGUAUCGAAUCUACAAUUGCGGAGCUCGGAUCUAUCUUCGGGCAGCUGGCCACCAUGGUAUCGGAGCAAAGCGAGAUGAUCCAGCGUAUUGACGCGAACACGGAAGAUGUUGUUGACAACGUCCAGGGGGCGCAACGAGAACUGCUCAAGUAUUGGGGCCGUGUGUCCAGCAACAGGUGGCUCAUUGCCAAAAUGUUUGGUGUGCUCAUGAUCUUCUUUCUGUACAGCGGAAACGGAUACCGCCAGCUGUACGAUGACAUUGACAUGGACAUUGGGGACGACGGCACGGCGCAGCUAUAG